CCCCUCUCAUAUUACAAAACACAAUUACUAAUAAAACUUCAUUUCUCAAUUACAACAUAAAUCCUUACAAAAAUACAUUCUUAAUAACCAAAAGAAGAAAAAUGGCUUUAUCCAUGAAGCACUCUUCCAUUAUUCUUUUCUUUGCUUCCACCCUUUUCCUCCAAGUCGCAUUAGGGGAAAUCACAUGUGAAAACUUGCCAACAAAUGUUUGUUCAUUUUCAAUCUCAUCAUCUGGAAAGAGAUGUUUAUUGGAGAAUUCAGCAACCGAAGAUGGAAAAUUGGAAUAUCAAUGCAAGACCUCAGAAGUUGUUGUUGCAAACAUUGCAGAGUAUGUUGAAACAGAUGAAUGUAUUAACUCAUGCGGUGUAGACAGAAAUUCUGUUGGCAUUUCUUCCGAUUCUUUACUUGAACCACAAUUCACUGCAAAACUCUGUUCUCCUUCAUGUUAUCGCAAUUGCCCUAACGUUGUUGAUCUCUACUUCAAUUUAGCUGCUGGAGAAGGAGUAUAUUUGCCAGAUUUGUGCAGCAAACAGAGGAGCAGCCCACACCGCGCAAUGAUUGAGUUAUUGAGCAGUGGAGCUGCUGCUGCUACUGAUGCUUCUGCUCCGAUUUCUUCUGAAGAUAUUAUUGUUGGUGCUCCUGAUAUUUCCCCUGCUUCUUUCUAAUUUAAUAUCAUUCUAAAAGUUCAUUUUUUUAUGGGAAUUUGUUCAUGAAAAGAGAGAGGAGAUAUUGUUACUUAUAUUUAUUAAGAUUGUAGUAUAGUAAGAAAUGGGAUUUUUUGAUCUCUUUGUUGAUUCAUUUUUACAUACGAAAUUGUUGUUGUGAGAGAAUCUGUUUUACCAGUUUUUCUUCUGCUGAGACUUCAAUAAAAUGUUUUUUCUUUUUUUGCA